UCUCCCCCAGGUAUCUCGGGGGACCCAGCCGACCUGGAGCGACGGCACCAGGCCUAUGGCCAGAACUUCAUCCCCCCCAAGCAGCCCAAGACCUUCAUGGAGCUGGUGUGGGAGGCGCUGCAGGACGUCACGCUCAUCAUCCUGGAGAUCGCCGCCAUCAUCUCCCUGGGCCUGUCCUUCUACCAGCCGCCCGGGGACGAGACCGAGGCCUGUGGGAACGAGUCCAGCGGAGCGGAGGACGAGGGCGAGGCGGAGGCGGGCUGGAUCGAGGGCGCGGCCAUCCUGCUGUCGGUGGUGUGCGUUGUCCUGGUGACGGCCUUCAACGACUGGUCCAAGGAGAAGCAGUUCCGCGGGCUGCAGAGCCGCAUCGAACAGGAGCAGAGGUUCGCCGUGGUCCGCAAGGGCAACGUCAUCCAGAUCCCCGUGGCGGACCUCGUGGUGGGGGACAUGGCCCAGGUCAAGUACGGAGACCUCCUGCCAGCUGAUGGCAUCCUGGUGCAGAGUAACGACCUGAAGAUAGACGAGAGCUCGCUGACCGGAGAGUCCGACCACGUCACCAAGUCUGUGGACAAGGACCCCAUGCUGCUCUCAGGUACCCAUGUGAUGGAGGGCUCAGGGCGGAUGAUGCUGGUGACCGCUGUGGGAGUCAACUCCCAGACUGGGAUCAUCUUCACCUUACUGGGAGCUGGAGCUGGAGAGGAGGGGAAGGAGAAGAAAGGAAAACAACCUGAUGGCGCAGUAGAGAACAACCAGAACAAAGCCAAGAAACAGGACGGGGGCGUUGCCAUGGAGAUGCAGCCUCUGAAGAGUGCGGAGGGAGGGGAGGUGGAGGACCGGGAGAAGAAGAAGACCAACGUCCCGAAGAAGGAGAAGAGCGUCCUGCAGGGCAAACUCACUAAGCUGGCCGUCCAGAUCGGCAAAGCAGGCCUGGUGAUGUCUGCCAUCACCGUGAUCAUCCUGGUGCUCUACUUUUGCAUCGAGACGUUUGUUAUCGAAGGUCGCACCUGGAUGGCAGAAUGCACGCCGGUGUACGUCCAGUACUUCGUCAAAUUCUUCAUCAUCGGAGUGACGGUGCUGGUGGUGGCCGUCCCCGAGGGCCUUCCUCUGGCCGUGACCAUCUCCCUGGCCUACUCUGUCAAGAAAAUGAUGAAAGAUAACAAUCUUGUGCGCCACCUGGACGCGUGUGAGACCAUGGGCAACGCCACGGCCAUCUGCUCGGACAAGACGGGCACGCUGACCACCAACCGCAUGACGGUGGUGCAGACCUUCAUCGGUGACGUCCACCACCGGGCCGUCCCGGACCCAGGCCAGGUCCCCGCCAAGACCCUUGAGCUGAUGGUGAACGCCAUCGCCAUCAACAGCGCCUACACCUCCAAGAUCUUGCCCCCUGACGUGGAGGGUGGUCUAGCUAAGCAGGUGGGCAACAAGACAGAGUGUGGCCUCCUGGGCUUCAUCCUGGACCUGAAGAAGGACUACGCCCCAGUCAGGGAGCAGAUGCCAGAGGAGCGUCUCUACAAGGUCUACACGUUCAACUCCACCCGUAAGUCCAUGAGCACCGUGGUGCUGCUGCCCGACCGCUCCUACCGCCUCUACAGCAAGGGGGCGUCCGAGAUCCUCCUCAAGAAGUGUGCUUAUAUUCUGGGUCCUAAUGGAGAACCUCGUAUCUUCAGACCCCGGGACAGAGACGAGAUGGUCAAACAGGUCAUCGAGCCAAUGGCCUGCGAGGGCCUGAGGACCAUAUGCAUAGCGUACCGCGACCUGCCCGCGAGCCCUGAGCCCGACUGGGAGAACGAGGCGGAAAUCGUGACGGAGCUGACCGCCAUCACCGUGGUGGGGAUCGAGGACCCCGUCCGCCCCGAGGUACCUGACGCAAUCCGCCAGCGGGCCGGCAUCACGGUGCGCAUGGUGACCGGGGACAACAUCAACACGGCCAGGGCCAUCGCGGCCAAGUGUGGGAUCAUCCAUCCCGGGGACGACUUCAUCUGUCUGGAGGGCAAGGACUUCAACCGACGCAUCAGGAACGAGAAGGGCGAGAUUGAACAGGAGCGUAUUGAUAAGAUCUGGCCCAAGCUGCGGGUGCUGGCCCGCUCCUCUCCCACGGACAAACACACCCUGGUCAAAGGCAUCAUUGACAGCACCGUGCUGGAGCAGAGGCAGGUCGUCGCGGUAACAGGGGACGGAACCAAUGACGGCCCUGCUCUGAAGAAGGCUGACGUCGGCUUCGCCAUGGGAAUCGCCGGCACAGACGUGGCCAAAGAGGCCUCUGACAUCAUCCUGACGGACGACAACUUCAGCAGCAUCGUGAAGGCGGUGAUGUGGGGGAGGAACGUCUACGACAGCAUCUCCAAGUUCCUCCAGUUCCAGCUGACGGUCAACGUGGUGGCCGUGAUCGUGGCCUUCACCGGGGCCUGCAUCACUCAGGACUCUCCCCUCAAGGCGGUGCAGAUGUUGUGGGUGAACCUGAUCAUGGACACCUUCGCCUCGCUCGCCCUGGCCACCGAGCCGCCCACCGAGGCCCUGUUGCUACGGAAACCCUACGGCAGAAACAACCCGCUCAUCUCCCUGACCAUGAUGAAGAACAUCCUGGGGCACGGCAUCUACCAGCUAGUCAUCAUCUUCACCCUGCUCUUCGUCGGCGAGCAUAUCUUCAACAUCGACAACGGCCGCAACGCCCCGCUGCACUCUCCGCCCUCGGAGCACUACACCAUCGUCUUCAACGUCUUCGUCAUGAUGCAGCUCUUCAACGAGAUCAACGCACGCAAGAUCCACGGAGAGAGGAACGUCUUCGACGGCAUCUUCAAGAACCCCAUCUUCUGCUCCAUCGUGCUGGGCACCUUCCUCAUGCAGAUCGUGAUCGUGCAGUGGGGGGGUAAGCCCUUCAGCUGCGCCCCCCUCAACGUGGAGCAGUGGCUGUGGUGUCUGUUCGUGGGCGUGGGGGAGCUCCUCUGGGGGCAGCUGAUCGCCACGGUGCCCACGGCGCGGCUGCCGUGCCUGAAGGAGGCGGGCAUGGGUCUGGAGCCGGGCGAGGACGAGGGGGAGGAGAUGGCGGACGACGAGGAGGAGAUCGACUGCGCCGAGCGGGAGCUGCGGCGCGGACAGAUCCUCUGGUUCAGAGGCCUGAACCGCAUCCAGACCCAGAUGCGGGUGGUGAAGGCAUUCCGUAGUAACCUGUACGAGGGCCGGGAGAAGCCUGAAUCCCGGAACUCCAUCCACAACUUCAUGGCCCACCCGGAGUUCCUGAUCAACGACCUCAUCCACAACAUCCCUCUGAUCGACGACACCGACGUGGACGACGAGUCCGAGCUCAGCCGCUACCAGCACCUGCACCCGGCCCUCCGCAAGCCGCCUCCCCCUCCCGCCCAAGCCCCGCCCCCGGUCCGCACCCGCCCCACCCGCCCCUACCGGCAGUACAGCCUCCCGGUCACCCCCUGCAACAGGAACAACAAUAACAACCAGAGCAGCAUCCUCCGGGUCAAUGUGGGCAGCAGCAUAGACACAACAGUAACCCAUGGCAACCUGAGAGCCUAUCCCGGCAACUACCCCGCCCAUCAAGGCAACUACCCCGCCCAUCAAGGCAACUACCCCGCCCAUCAAGGCAACUACCCCGCCCAUCAGGGCAACUACCCCGCCCAUCACAGCAACUACCCCGCCCAUCAGGGCAACUACCCCGCCCAUCAGGGCAACUACCCCGCCCAUCACAGCAACUACCCCGCCCAUCAGGGCAACUACCCCGCCCAUCACAGCAACUACCCCGCCCAUCACAGCAACUACCCCGCCCAUCAGGGCAACUACCCCGCCCAUCAGGGCAACUACCCCGCCCAUCAAGGCAACUACCCCGCCCAUCACAGCAACUACCCCGCCCAUCAGGGCAGAGACAGGCCGGGCAAGCCCCUCUGCUCCUUCCCCCCUCCUCACCCGCUCUACUGCGUGGAAACCUCCUUGUAGCUGGAGGUGGGCGGUGAGGCGGGGGUCAGGUAGAGUGGGGCGGGGCGGGGCGGGGCGGGGCGGGGCGGGGCGGGGCGGGGCUGUCCCCUCAGGUCCCCAGGGAUGGCGGGAGGGAGUGGACGGUUGUUUUUGAAGACUUCUUCUCGCUGCUCCUGGAGAGCAUUGUGACUUUUCCCUCCUUCCCUCUAACCCCCCCCCCCCCCCCCCCCACCCACCCACACACACACACACACACACACACACACACCCACAACCAGAGAUACACACACACACAUCCACACACACACACACACACACACACACACACACACACACACACACACACACACACACACACACACACACACACUGUCACACACUCACACACCCAGACACACACACACACACCCACCCCCACUCACGGUGCCGUGGGGGGCUGACUCUCUCUUCAUAAGGUGGUGGUCACUUUUAUCAACAGUGGCGCCAUCUCCAUCCUCGGCUCACCUCUACUCCGAGACCACUCAACGCCCUGCGACUGGAGGGGCGCCACAUUCAGGCUAACCUUUAUGUUCUAGAGCUUUAACAAGAGAUAAUCGUAUUUAUUACCUGAUCUAUUUAUUUUAUUGGUGCUCAUUCACUUGCUUCUUUUACGGUGUGUGUCAUUUAUUUGUUGUUUAAUUCUGAUUCUGCCCAUACGCAGAAUUUGUGUUCAUCUCUUUUUUAUUUUCUAUAUUUUCCUCCUUUUUCUCGUUUUGUGUGUGUCUGUGGUUGUGUAUUGUCGUGUCCCUUCUGAAAACAAAAACUGUCAAGUAUAUGAAAUGCCGAGAAAUAAUAUUCCUUUCAACCUCAUGGUAAACAAGUGAUGAAUAGAUACAUCAAAUUUAAAAACGUCAACAAAAUAGGGAGGAAAAAAUAAUGACCCUGUGGGCAACAGAAGCUGCCUCCAGCUUCUGCAGUCAGCUUCUCCCCCCCCCAUCGGCCCCUCAACACCUGCGCUGGGGGCCUUUGAACCUGCCAUUAGAUGUUCUUCCCUGCCUCCCUGUGUCUCUCUGGCUGUCCACCGGGCCCGGGCCUUUUUCUGUCUCUGUCUUCGGCUCUCGGUGUCUUUCAGUCCCCUCUGAGUGGGUAUAUUUGUGUUGCUUUUGGUUUGCUUUAGGCCUUUGGGUUUUAAAGAUGGCUGCUUGUGGAGCAUUGACCCUUUAAGUAUCAUGAUCACACAACGCACAGGGCCCUUUAAGACAACACGGAUCACUUUAAUGUUUGCACCUUGCUCUCGCAUGCCUGCUCUGGGUUAGUGUCUAUGGUCUAACAUGGUGUCCUUUACCCAUGUGAAAAGUAUUGUGGAUGAAUGACAUCAUACGUCAUGUUUGGUAUGGGUGUCAUUCUGAUUCCCAAAUGGCCAGUGUAAAUGUUUGAAUGACGACUGACUUAAAGCCUUGAAAAGCAAGUCCCCAAGCAGGACCUCUGUCUGGUUCUGUAUGGUCACUGUCUGACUGUUUCAACCAUUUUCUAUGGCCAGUUGGCUCCAUUCUUCACAUUCAAAGCCCCCUGAAGGUCCCAUGCCAUAAAACUGUCAGCCUUCUCCAGCUAAAUACUGUGCAUGCUGUGCUGUCACAAUGAUGUCAUAAUGCUUUAUCAAACGAACAGCAUAAAUAAAAUACCAUAUAAAUGUCCAUGACACGUGGGGAGCCAAGCACACGACCACACUUAACGCAGAAGACCUCCAUCAGAGCAUACCAUCAACACCAGUGAUGAGAACAUUCAUUAAGCUUCACCUUCAGAGAGCUCCAUCCAACAGUCCAGACAACCUCAUCACACCCUAGUGUGAGGGUGUAUCCCUCCUCCAGUGUCCCAUGAUGCACUAGGUGUGGUUUAGGCUUCAUGUUGCCUCGAUGUGUGACUGCAAAGCAAUGCAACCCUCUUGAGCCUUGCAGCAUCUCCUCAGCCCCCCCCACCUCCCCCCCUGGAAUCUGUGAGGGGGCAUGGCCCCCACAGGAGAAAGGGUGUUAGUCUGUGUGUGUGUUUGUGUUUGUGCGUGUGUAUGUGUGUGUGUGUGUGUGUGUGUGGUUGGGGGGGCUAGGCAAUAUGCAACAGACUGCCCGUCCAGCAGGUAUACCCCAGGAGUUAGAUACCAUUGUGACCACAAAGACUCUUGUACCACACGGCCACACAACACGUUGCUGUCCGCUUGUUGCAUUGUUCUGGAUGCAUGCAGGCUCUCUGGCCCGCCCUGUAUAGAACUCUGUCUCUAGAAGCUCACCAUCACCGCCCUGCUGGACAAGCAGGGACAUUGUAUUGGUCUGUCUGUUUUGAAGCAUGCAUUUGGUAUCAUAAAUGUCACUCUUUAUGUGUUGGUAAAUCAUUUAGGCUAUUGUUACUACUGUGUGCUACAAUCCCAUCAUAUAUGCUUUUCCCUAAUAAAAACACACACACGCUCACACUCACACACACACACAAACACACACACACACACACACACACACACACACACACACACACACACACACACACACACACACACACACACACAUACACACACACACACAAAA